GAAACCGUCGAGCACAAGGGUCGUCAAUCCGAGGAGGGAUCGUUUGUUGCAGAGCUCGCCAGAUCCACAGCUAGCAGCCUUGCCAAUGAAAUACAAGUCCAGCUAGCCUGUGAGCGCAGAGGUUUGUUUGUGUGCGUGGCUGCACACUUUUGACACCUUUGACAUUUUAGCAGUUUUGUGACACUGGCUGGUCCAAGUGCAACAGAGCCUUUGCUUGUCUGUAGUUUGCCCAGCGGCGUUUGCUUUACUUUACAAGCAGAGAAGCGGCGGGAAGUGGUUAGCCGACCUGAUUAGCUCUAGCCGCACACUUCAACUCUUCUGUUCAUCUCCGCUGAUGGUGAAACUGUUUUCUAUGAUUGCGCCGAUCAUCGACUGUCAGCAUGUUGAAGACUCGGCAGUGUUUACUGGGGAUUCGCACCUUCCUCGGAGUGACGUCUAGAAUAUGGAGUUUCUUUUUAUACAUCCUCAGGAAGCAUCUACGAACGAUAAUCCAGUACCAAACAGUGCGUUAUGACAUAUUACCUCUGUCCCCCAUUUCCAGAAACAGACUCAAUGCGGUGAAGAGGAAGAUCUUGGUGUUGGAUCUGGAUGAGACUUUGAUUCAUUCUCACCAUGAUGGUGUCCUUAGACCCACAGUGAGGCCGGGAACACCACCAGACUUUAUCCUCAAGGUGGUAAUAGACAAACACCCAGUCAGGUUUUUUGUCCAUAAAAGGCCACAUGUUGAUUUCUUUUUAGAAGUGGUUAGUCAGUGGUAUGAGUUGGUAGUAUUUACAGCCAGUAUGGAGAUAUAUGGAUCAGCCGUAGCAGAUAAGCUGGAUAACAACAGAGGCAUCCUUAAAAGAAGAUACUAUAGACAGCACUGCACUUUGGAUCUAGGAAGCUACAUUAAAGAUCUGUCUGUAGUACACAGUGAUCUCUCCAGUAUAGUUAUUCUGGAUAACUCGCCAGGAGCUUAUCGAAGUCACCCAGACAAUGCAAUACCUAUAAAGUCUUGGUUCAGUGACCCAAGUGACACAGCACUUCUUAACCUGCUCCCGAUGUUGGAUGCAUUGAGGUUUACCUCAGAUGUUCGCUCCGUCCUCAGUCGAAAUCUCCACCAGCACCGGCUCUGGUGAUCCUAUCUGUCAGGACCAGUUUCUCUUCCGGUCUUGAUUUUACAUGGCUCUGCCCGCUAGGUGUUAACCUCUCCUGCGCUGGAGUUUCAGCCUCUCGUCAUCAUGUGAGCUCCCAUUAGUCAUAUGGACUCCUCUGAGAAGACAUGAGAGGACAGAAAGGAGACUAA